AUGAACACUAAGUUUCUUGUUACAAUCUUUAUUAUAACAGGCACUCUUUUUUCCUUUGCUGACGCUGCCCCUGCACCGGAAGCUCCUGAGGUUUUAGGUGUCAUCGGCUCCCCCCCAAUCCAAAGCAAUUGGACUGAAUCCAGUUUCUUGCAAUGUGUUAAGCAGCUAAACGGCUUUAAGUCUGCUAAUGUUGUGGAUGACAACGUUGCUUUCAGGUGCCGUGGAGUUUAUCGAAAUGGUGACGUGAACCUCCAUACUCCUAGUGGCAAGAAUUCCGAUCGCUGUCCAGCAAGCUUUCUCCCUCCAACCUCAGAGGAAGUCGAUAAGAAGAGCUGUGCCAAGAAACUCUCGAAGAACUUCGAAGAAGCCGCCCCCUUUCGUGCUGCCGUUGAUGCCGUUUGUCAUGACCUAGUCGGAAGCUUGAUGGAAAAGGGGAUGAAUCAUAUCACUCACCAGUUUACGGAUGCAUCUUCUAAACCUUCCUUAUGGCUGUUGAAGAACAAGAAGGUCAUCUUGGAGACAACAAUGAAUCUGACCCCCCAGACCCGUGCUGCUCUAAAGGCUGGGAAGAUAGCCAAAGCCACGCUGAAUACCCUGUGUGAGAAUGGAUUAAAGGAUUUUGGUACUAAAGGGAAAGGGUGCACUCACGAAGUGAACUACUACAAGAAGACCCUUGGUAUCUCACAUCAUGGGAUCCCUUACGACGCAGCCACUACAACAGCCGUGAAGGAUGGUUUGAUUGAUUUAUUUGUGGACAAUGCUCUGGAAAGUAUUGGUACUAUCGCCCUGUCCUGGUCCAAGCCUAAAUAG